AUGAUCGCCUGCGUUGCUGUCAUCGGCGCGGCCAAUAGCCCCCUGUAUAUCCGUACGUUCGGCGAGGAGGGCGAAGACUUGGGCUUCCACUACAUCGCGCAUGUGUCACUGGAUGUGAUCGAGGAGAAACUGCGCGGCGCGGGCAUCACCAGCUCCAAAGACGACAUGUACUUGGGAUUCCUGGGUCCUAUUGAAGACUACCGAGUAUACGGCUACGUGACCAACACAUCUGUCAAGUUCGUCGUGGUGCUGCAGGACGCACCAGUGCGCGAAUCCGAAUUGAGACCGUUUUUCGCGGAGGUGCAUCGUCUCUAUGUGAACGCCAUGUCGAACCCUUUCGCGCCGCUUGGCGAGCGUCUGACAUCGCAGACCUUUGACAAACGAGUGUCCAACCUCGUCGUACAGCACAACACAGGCAACUAA